AUGAUUCCUCCGCAAACAUCUUUGCAACAGCUGGAAAAUCUUAUUCUGAUGAAUAUUGGAUUGGUUGGAAAAAAGAAGAUCAGUAACUUGGCUUACAAGAUGCCAGUUGCGUUAGCCAGUUCGUUUGCGUAUCAGAAAAUACAGAUUAAAUUCGACCAGUAUGUUUCGAUGAUGUUUUCUUAUCAUCGGAGCAUUUCUAUCAUCUAUUCCGUGGAACUUUGUGUUAAGCUUCAAGAUGUCGGUGGUAGCUCAUCUAGUUCGAAAAACGUAGAGAAAAUUAAAAAUUUCGGUACGCCUAAAGCCAUUUUCUUUCUGGAGAUUGGUAGGGCUCGUAGUCCCACUUUUAACGCCUUCGUGACGUCGGAACAAAAUACAAAAAAUUCUCAUGGACGUCCCUCCCUCACCACCCGUGUUGCAUCCCCGGAAGGUAUUACUGACGGAUUGGCAAACACGUCUGAUGAAGAUGAGAUUGAGGAUGAUAGCAGUGAGGAAGCAGAAGUUGUUCCUAAAACCCAAUCAAUUUAUGGCGAAAGGGUUCUCCCAACUCGGGCUGAAUCAGUAAGUGUGAUGGGGGUAGGCGGUGUUUCCAGCAGCACUCAAGGCCACUAUCUUGCACUGAGUCUUGGUGCAAUGAACUCGACUACCGCAGAAAACAUACCAAGCAACUAUGAUUUCACCGGUGAAAUGGAGCUAGAGAUCGACUUGAAGUUUCUGAAUAGAGAAACAACGAUGCUUGCUGUUAAAAACUACAACAUACGUAGAAGUGCAGAAUACAAUAUGGUAGAGUCAGAUCAAACUCAGUAUGUAGACGCGACCAUUUGCAUCAAGGUGUUGCAGGGUUUUGUCGAGUCAACAUACGGAUACAAGGUGUCUUACAAGAAGGUUUGGCUAGCGAAGCAAAAGUCAAUUGCCAGAAUCUUUGGAGACUGGGAUGACUCAUACAAUCAACUGCGGAGAUAUUUUGACACGCUGCAAACUUUCAUUCCAGAAAAUGGCACUGCCCCAAUCAUAGGUACUAAUGGCGUCAUAGUUGGCCAAAAGCGAAAGAUAACGAACGUGGACCGUGUUGUUUGCCUUGUCUGGAACUUCAACGAGGAGUUCUUCACACCAUUGCCAAAUAUCCCUUUGGUGGAACUUACUCUAAGACCUCAGAGUGCCGCUCACAGGCUCACCGUCAACUGGUAA